AUGGCUUCAUAUGCUUGUGUAAAUAGAAGAGGCGUAAAAUGGUACCGAAAAGUUGCAUUAGAACUCGUAACUAGAAUGGCUAUGGUAAACGCUCGUAUAAUUUUUAAAGAAUUAACUAAGUCCAAAAUAACAAUAACUUCUUUUCGACGUGAAGUUUGUAAAUCAUUACUUGGAAUAGAAACUCAAACUAGACUUCCUCCAACAAAACCAAUGAUUCAUAUUCUUCAGCCAAGAACCGGUGGUGGUACAAGUGAUCGAAAACAGUGUGUUUUAUGUUAUGAAAACUUAACAAAAUUAAAAAAAUUAAGCAGGGAUGAAGCAAGGAAAAGGGUUAAAAAAGUCAAAACAUUUUGCAAUGGAUGUCCAAAAAAGCCAACAAUGUGUUUUGAGUGUCACAUUGCAAAACAUAAAUAA